GAACAGAGUUGGGUCCUACACAAGAGCAGCAUGAGUUCCUGAGCCAUCUCUCCAGACCCUGCUGAAAAACUGAAAAUAUUGGCCAAUUGUGGUGGCACAGGCCUUUCAUCCCAGCACUGGAUGUUACAGAGGGAUGUAACCUGCCUUGUGGAUGCUAGGAAGUGAGCUUAGGUCUUCUGAGAAAGCAGUCAGUAAUUUUUUGUUUGUUUUUUGUUAGUAAUAUUUUUUGUUUGUUUUUUGUUUUUCCAGACAGGGUUUCUCUGUAUGUGUGUGUGUGUGUGCUCUCGCUGCUCCCUUAAGUAGCCUCUUUGUUCUCUGUCUUCUCAUUAGAGUUGGGCAGAUCCUAGUCUUUAAAAUUUUUCUCUGAUUUAUCAUUUUGUCUGCCACUCAAUUAGACAUCACUUUCAAACAUGGCUACUUCCUUCUACAAACUAACGUGAUCUUCAAUGGGAUAGAGUUUGGGAUUAAAGGUAUGUACCGAGGGCAUGUCUGUAUUCCAGCCAGAGGGAUUAAAGGUGUGUGCUAAGUCUAGUGGUAACACCUAGAAACCUUUUUUGUUUUUUGUUUUUUUUUUUUUUUAAAUAGCACAAUCUUGGAGGCCCACAGUGGUCAAAUAUCCUGUAGCAAAAGCUAGUCUGUCUUGCUUGAACCAACAGCUCCAGGAAGAGAGACUAAAGAUCCACUGUCCUUCAAUGUCUGUACCAAUAAACACAGUAUCAUCUGCCAAGGUCAGACUCUGGUCUCUUUCCUGUCUUUUGUCUCUUUUGUCUCUCUCUCUCUUUUUUUUCUCUGUAUAGCUCUGGCUGUCCUGUAACUAACUCUGUAGACCAGGCUGGCCUCGAACUCAGAAAUCUGCCUGCCUCUGCCUCCCUAGUGCUGAGAUGAAAGGAGUGGGCUACCACGCCCGGACUCUUUUGUCUCUUUUACUCUGUGCUUUGACAACUAACAAAGGUCAACCUGGACUACAGGAGACCUCACCAUGCACCUUACCCCUCAAAGACAAGCAGAUGGUUCAUUUGAUAAAAGUGCUUUCUGCUGAAAUCUGAUGACAUGAGUCCAUCCUGGGUCUCACAGUGGAAGGAGAAAGAGUUGUCCUCUGAUGUUCAUCUUUGUACACACACACACACACACACACACACACACACACGAGAGACAGAGACAGAGAGACAGAGACAGAAAGAGAGAGAAUUAUUUAACGUUUAUUUAAUUUUAUGCUUAUGAAUAGUUUGCCUGUGUAUAUCUCUGUACCUCAUUUGUGCCUGAUCUUCUCAGAGGCCAGAAGAGAACAUUGGGCAGACCCCCCUGGCACUGGAGUUGGAUUACAGAUGGUUAUGAGAUGGUUCUUGGUUCUGGGAAUCAAAUUAGGAUCCCCUACCAUAGCUGCAUGUGCUAGUAACUGCUGAACCAUUGUUCCACCACACUAGAUACUCCUGGCCCAUCUUUUAUAACAACAACAACAACAACAACAUGAUGUGCCAUUGGGGAAGCAAAAGCCAGAGCCCCUACCCAGGAACUGCCAAGGAACACUUAAAAACUGUGAAGCAUUAACCAGAUAGAUGCGAUGAAGUAUCCUGGUCAGAGAAUGUGUUGUUGAGCACAAAACCAAGCCUGGACUACUUAGAAGAUCUUGUCUCACAAAACCAAGCAAAACCCAAACCCAAGAACUACUCAAGACACCUUAUACAUCUAAAAAAAAAAAAAAGUCCAAAACCAAAAACCAACCAACCAAACAAACAAAAAAACCUAACAACUGUAGUUAGUUUCUAACAGUUAAAAUCUCCUGGUAAGAUGGCUGGUGGUGGUGCACACCUUUAAUAUCAGCACUCAGGAGGCAGAGAGGCAAGAGGGUCUCUGAGUUCGAGGCCAGUCUGGUGUAUACAGAGUGAGUUCCAGGAAAGCUAUACCCUUUUUGGAAUGUUGGUCCUUUCCACCUCAGCCCCCAAUCUCCUCGAAAGAAAUGAGGCUUCUUUAUUUUUCUGUUUUGUUUGUUUGUCUUUUUGGGACAGGGUUUCUCUGUGUAGCCCUGGCUGUCCUGGAACUCACUUUGUAGACCAGGCUGGCCUUGAACUCAGAAAUCCACCUGCCUCUGCUUCCCAAGUGCUGGGAUUAAAGGCAUGUGCCACCACCGCCCGGCUUGUUUGUUUUUUGAUGAGGUCAAAUAUAACAUGGGCACCCUGCCAGCUCCUGAUUCUCCUGCCUCCACCUCCCAAAUACAGCUAUGUCACCACAUCUGACAUUAGUAUUUUAUUUGAGGCAAUCUGUCUUGGAACUCAACAUGUAGCCCAGGCUACCUCCAAUCCCACAACAUCUGUCUGACUCCAAAGCUGAAGUUCAGGUGUGAGCUACCACACUGAGCGUCACACGUUUAUUCUUGUUCUAUGGCAACAGGAUCUCCCUGUAACAAGUGGCUGACGCUGACUGGACCUAGGUUAUGGCUGUAAAGAGCUGAAUUUGCAGGUCCUAUGGAGAGAUUUGUUAAGGAGAACCCCCUUGCAGAGGUGACGCUUUGUUGCUGUCCCAUAUUCCAUGAGCACCCUGGUUGGAAGGGCUGCUGAUUUGAUUUUAUCUGUCUUUUAAGACUGAUCUUUGAUCACUCCCCUUUCCAGCUGGGCUUCCUGCCUCUUCUUCCCUUCUCCAUUACUAAUGGCGCUGGAUCAAGUUACCUCAUUAUUCCUUAAUUUAUUUAUGAAAAGGCUGAGGUUAAAGAAAAGAAGCAAAGCCCAGGUCCUUCAGGAACUUUCUGUAAAAGCGUUUGUUUCCCUUUCCCUCCCUACAACUAGAUACAAUUUCUCACUGUUACCCCUGGCAAGCUGGAAUAGUUUUUAUUUACAAACUUAUAUAAAUAAACCCUUCUCUGGGUGGGGCAGAGGCCAUCUGUAUGGGUAAGCCUCUUCUGUCCAUUCCCAGUGGAUUAAUCUAUCAACACAAACUCACUUAUACACAGCAAGCUUCUUUCAGAGAGCAAAACAGUGCUGGGCAUGCUGACUACCUUUCCAUAAAACACUUGAAGAAGAGAAGUCUUUUUAAAAAAGGUUUAUUUAUUACCAGGCAGUGGUAGCUCACGCCUUUAGUCCCAGCAUUUGGGAGGCAGAGGCAGGUGAAUUUCUGAGUUCAAGGCCAGCCUGAUCUACAGAGUGAGUUCCAGGACAGCCAGGGCUACACAGAGAAACCCUGUCUCGAAAAAAACAAAACAAAACAAAACAAAAGGUUUAUUUAUUAUAUACACAGAGUUCUGCCUGCAUAUAAGAAGAGGGCACCAGAUCUCAUUAUAGAUGGUUGUUAUCCACCAUGUAGUUGCUGGGAAUUGAACUCAGGACCUCUGGAAGAUCAGUCAGUGACCUCAACCUCUGAAUCAUCUCUUCAGCCCAGGAGAAGUCUUUUUAAAUUUUAUCACUACACAGUAAUUAUGGGUGCAUCAAUCUUAUAUAAAAUGGAAACACAGAAAUAUAUGUGAGCCAGCGAGAUGGCUCUGUGUGUAAAGGUGCCUCCUGACAAGCCUGAGGAUCCAGCUUUGAUCCCUGGGGUUCAUACUGUCUUCUGAUCUCCAUAUGAGCAACAGACCUCCAGAGUCAGGGAGUGUGGAGGGGGUUGUUAGAGAGAUGGCUCAGCAAUCAAGAGCACUGCCUGUUCUCCCAGAGAACCCAAGUUCAAUUCCUAUCACCCACAUGGCAGCUCACAUCGAUCUCACACCAAUGCACAUAAAUUAUAUUUGUAUAUAUAAUUUAUACAUAGAAAAUAUCCAUAAUUUUAUGCAUAUAAAUUAUACAUACCCUAAAUAAAAUGUAUAAUUUGUAAAAAUUUAAUGAGAAAGUAGAACCAAUAGUAAUAAGCUAAAAAAAAAAAAAAAUCAGAAAACAGAGUAUCCUAGCACUCAGGACUAAAGAGGCAGGCAAGAUCUCUGAGUUCAAGGCCAGUCUGGUUUACAGAGUGAGUUCAGGAUAGCCAGGGCUACACAGAGACUUGUCUAGAAAGAACAAAAACAAAAACUCAAAAGUAAAAGGUGGAGUGGUGAUAUACUCCUUCAACCUCAGCACUGAGUCAGUGGAUCUGGGGGAGUUCCAAGCCAGCCUGGUCUACAUAAUUAAUUUUAGAUCAUUCAAAGUUACACAGUUAGAUAAAAGAAAGUAUGCACCCGUGUCCAAAGCCCAAUUAAACAAUUACACAAAGCAAAUGGUCGGUCCCUCUAUGUCCCUCAUCAUCAGACCCAUAAACAAUUCUCCCCUCAGGGUUCAGGGGGAUCCUCCCGAUCUAAGUGUCAUGAGUGAGUCCUCGGCAUUACAGGAAAAACCUUCCUAUGGGAACCAUUCUUUUACCUCCCUUUUUCUUUUUUUCCCUUUUUUAUUUUAUUUUUUUCCCAGUUUUUCGAGAUAGCUUUCUCUGCCUUGACUGUCCUGGAACUUGCUCUGAAGACCAGGCUGGCCUGGAACUGAACUCAGAGAUCUACCUGUUUCUGCUUCCUGAGUACUGGGAUCAAAGGCGUGCGCCUCUAUCAUCUGGUUUAUCUACAUUUCCUAGAAUGUACUUUCUGGCAUGGUGUGUGGUAGUCGAGGGUUGCCUUGAACACAGGAGAUCCUUGGUCUCAGCACCACCAGGAGACACACUCCGGUACUUUUUUUUUUUUUUUUUUUUGAGACAGGGUUUCUCUGUAUAGCCCUGGCUGUCCUAGAACUCACUCUGUAGAGCAGGCUGGCCUCGAAGUCAGAAAUCCGCCUGCCUCCCAAGUGCUGGGAUUAAAGGUGGGUACCACUACCCUAUGCCUCUCUAAGUGUAUUUCUAACAAACAGCCUAGAGAGUAUAAUGAUAAAAGGCACAGUUCUAUUUGUCCAUCUGACAAAUUCGGGACUCACUUCCAGUCACACUACGCUUUAGUGGCUGUAACCUUAUUUUACACAAUAAAAAUGCUUUUAUAUUUAUUUAUGCAUUCCCUUCUAAUUUGUGCUAACAUAAUUUCCAACUUUUCAACAUGAUAGCUUCUCCAAGUAAUGGCUCUCUCUGGAAGAGCUCAUUCGAUCCACUAACUGUGGCUCGUUGAGUGCCACACUCCUUCUUUAGGGUUCCUGGUAAACAAAGGAUCCCUCAAAAAUUGUGCCCCCCACCCCUCUGAGUCUCUCUACAACCCCCCACCCCUCUGAGUCUCUCUACAACCCAGGAAGCCGAGGUCUGUCCUGAUGAAGAAAGGGAGCUUCCAAGUAUCUGCGCGCACUCUGAUGGUCGCCGGGUUUAGGUGCACGCUGGGCACGGGAGUCGAAGGGGCGAGCGCAGGUCCGGCGGGGUGGGGCCGAGCUGCGCGCGACCCUCGGCGCGCUCCGGGAAGUUGGCCCGAGCGACCGCUCUGGUCACCUCACUGCGGGCUCUAUGACACCGCGCUGGCUGGCGGGACAGGGAGGAGUCGGCGGAGAAGGCGGAGACCGCCCAUCUCCGAGAGCGUCGGCGCGGACUUCUCGCGGAACCGUGUCGCGAGCUUAGCAGAUCCCGCGCUUGCGCGCUGCAGUGGUGGCCAGAGGCGCGGCGGGCGCGAGAAGGGGGACCUAACCAGUGUGGAGGCUGGUGUGGCCUUAAGCCCUCCGCCACCAUGAGCGGGACCUUAGCGAAGAUCGCGGAGAUCGAAGCCGAGAUGGCUCGGACUCAGAAGAACAAAGCCACAGCUCAUCACCUUGGCCUGCUUAAGGCUCGCCUUGCUAAACUUCGAAGAGAACUCAUCACUCCUAAAGGUGGCGGCGGCGGGGGGCCAGGAGAAGGUUUUGAUGUGGCCAAGACAGGUGAUGCUCGAAUUGGGUUUGUGGGUUUUCCAUCUGUGGGGAAAUCAACUCUGCUAAGUAACUUAGCAGGAGUGUAUUCUGAAGUGGCAGCCUAUGAAUUCACUACAUUGACCACAGUGCCUGGUGUCAUCAGAUAUAAAGGUGCCAAGAUCCAGCUCCUGGAUCUCCCGGGUAUUAUUGAAGGUGCCAAGGAUGGGAAAGGUAGAGGUCGUCAAGUCAUUGCAGUGGCCCGAACGUGUAAUUUGAUUUUGAUUGUUCUGGAUGUCCUAAAACCCUUGGGACAUAAGAAGAUAAUUGAAAAUGAGUUGGAAGGCUUUGGGAUUCGCUUGAACAGCAAACCCCCCAACAUUGGCUUUAAGAAGAAAGACAAGGGAGGCAUUAACCUCACAGCCACUUGUCCUCAGAGUGAACUGGAUGCUGAAACAGUGAAGAGCAUUCUGGCUGAAUAUAAGAUUCAUAAUGCUGAUGUGACUUUGCGUAGUGAUGCCACAGCUGACGACCUCAUUGACGUGGUCGAAGGGAACAGAGUUUAUAUUCCCUGUAUCUAUGUAUUAAAUAAGAUUGAUCAGAUCUCCAUUGAGGAGUUGGAUAUUAUCUAUAAGGUGCCUCACUGUGUACCCAUCUCUGCUCAUCACCGCUGGAAUUUUGAUGACCUUUUGGAGAAAAUCUGGGACUAUCUGAAACUAGUGAGAAUUUACACCAAACCGAAAGGCCAGUUACCAGAUUACACAUCUCCAGUAGUGCUGCCUUAUUCUAGGACCACUGUGGAAGAUUUCUGCAUGAAGAUUCACAAAAAUCUCAUCAAAGAAUUUAAAUAGUAAGCAUCGUGGGCAUGUGACCUCUCCUCUCCUUUGCUUUGGUCUGGGGUCUGUCUGUGAAACAUAAUCCUCAGAAAGUGGGUAAAGACCACACAUUGGAAGAUGAAGACGUCAUUCAGAUUGUGAAGAAGUGAAGUCCUCUUGCCAUCUGCUGGCUGGCCACAGCAGUGUUCCUUAUGACUAAGUACCUUCCUCAGCCCCUCUGUCUUUGGCAGCCUCUGGAUUGGGAUACAGGGAUUGAUAUGGAGACUUAUCAAACUGAAACACCACAAUUUUUUUCUUUCCGGAGAUAGGGUGUUAUGUAUUUCAGGCUGGCUUUGAACUCUUGCAGCUGAGGCUGGCCUAGAAUCCCUUUCAUCAGCCUCCAUCUCCUCAGUGCUGGGCUUACCACUGUGCACCUUUAGCUCCUCAGCAACACCACUUUCCCUACUUUGCUGUCACUUCUAUUGAACUGUAUAAAGAAGCUGGUGGGCCCGCUGGC